AUGGAUUUAGAUUAUAAAGAGGUGUGUAAUUUAGAUGAAAUAGAAAACAUCUAUAAAAACACACAGCAAUUACAGGAUCUUUCCAUGUGGUGGGAAACUAUUUGGGGAUAUAUUCCUAUUACUGACAGAUUUAGUCAGGGUUAUGACAAAUACGCUGGCGGUACAAAAGGUCGUCUUAUUGCAUACUAUCCAGCCGACAAUUCUCGUAAAGUUAUUCUUUAUGAUCACAAAUUUAAUCAAGUUAAUGACAUUUAUUUACCAGACAAACUAAAUAACGCUUUCAUUCAUGUUACAGUUGAUGACAGAGUUGUUGUUCUUCUUCAAACAAGUCAAACAACGUGUAUUGUUUAUAAAAAUGGAAGAAAACUUUCUACAGUCUCAUUCGAUUUAGCAGCUGAUGUCCGUGCCUGUGAUUUUUGGGAUAAUGGCUGCAUAUUCUGCACAAGAUCGAACAAAAUAUGCUAUCUCGAAAAUUUCACAAAACUCCAUCACUUACAAGAGACUCCCACUGACAUUUUCAAAAUCAUUGCUAUCCCUCCUAACUAUACAGAGAAUAACGAGCCAAUAUUCUUCGCUUACGGCUUAGAACAAUAUUUAUACGUCGGAAACUCAGAGAGACUCAAACAAUUACCAAUUGCGUCAACAAUUAUGGAAUGCUGCUUGAAUUCCGACUACUCUUUCCUUGCAAUUCUCUACGCAACCGGAGAAAUGAUGAUUGUCAAAAGCGAUCUUAGCGAUGUCUGGGCAAGAGUUCAAGUUAACGAUGCAGAAGACACUGUUUUCAACAUGACAUGGUUCGGUGACUUAAUUUUGAUUACUCAUACAGAUGACGUCACUAUUUGCUCUCAAUACGGCGUAGAUGACAUCAGAACUUGUUCGGCCACGCCGUUAGUGUUCGCUGACGAUACAACGGCCCUUAUUUUUGAACCUGGACAGUUAACAGUCGGAACUUUCAUUCCACAAGAGUUUAGAGAUGCAACACGUAAGACAGACCCAUCUCCAGCGUAUACCCUCAUUCAGGCCUUCGUAGAAAAGAGCGGAAGAGUAAUUGAUGAAAUGCAAGUCAAGAGAACACUCGAAACUGCUAUUAAUUCAUGCAUUACGGCAUCUUAUUAUACUUACGAUAUAAAACUACAGAAAACUUUCGUUUCUGCCGCUGCAUUUGGUUUAUCAUUUUGCGAAAACCGCCAAAGCUACGAUUUAAUGGCAUGUGUCAAGUCUCUCAGAAUUAUGAAUGCCAUAAAGGACACUCUCAAUAUCAUAAUGCCCACCAAAAACGUUUCUGACACAAAUCCCGUUAUUCUUCCCAUGAAAUUUGCCAAUCUUGGCAUGUUCGACAUUGCAGCCGAGGUUGCAGAUUUCCUUGGUGUCGAUUGUCCCCAAAUCAUGACGGAAUGGUGCUGCGUGAUUAUGAACGCUUAUGCAGACAGCGACGACAACGCUUUCCAGCUUAUCGAGAAGCGGAAGUCAGAGCAACUCUUUAAUGCAGCCGAUAUAGCCAGAUGUGCAGCUCAACUCAAUAGACAAAGAUUAUCUGUCAGAAUUGCGGCUUUAGAGACAUAUCCGGCCAAGCUUGUCAAUUUCUAUGUUCAGAACCAGGACUGGGAAGGUGCCUUGUCCACUGCUCUUCGUUCCUGCGACACUUGCAGAUUUUACAACGUAAUACUCCGCGCAAUCCAAGAAGCUGGCAAAGAAUUCGUCCAAACAUUUAUUUUACAGAACCCCGAAGCAAUUUCCGUCAUCGAAUCCCUUGCUGAAUGUAAUCCUAAAAAAGAUAAUCCUUCUUUCAGCGACGAAGUCCUCGCCAGCAUCUACAGGAACGUAUCCGAGCAGAACAUGAACCUCAUCUUCAGGAAACAAACACUAAUUCUCGGUGGUGCACAAGGUUUGGAGACAAUUAACAUGUCCAAACAAUUAUUUAAAGCCAAAAAUAAAGAAGAGAAUACAUCUUUAGGCAAGAACGCAAUAGAGUUCACAAGCAACGCAAUUCUCUACAGAGAAGCAUCAGAGACAGCCACCAACAAAUACGGCAGUAAAUACGGAAUCACUCCAGAAAUGCCUAUCAACAAAAUCAUCGAAAUUCUCCUCGAUGAAUCGAUUGUUGAAGCACUAACUUUUGCAAAAGAAGACGCAAAGAUGGAUGACAAACGAGCCAGGAUCAUUAUUGCUAGGGCAGUUGUUAACAAGGGAAAGGACUCAAUGCUCGGCUACAUGGCUAAAUCAUUCCCAGACCAGAGAGCAUUUAUUGUUGCCAUGUUGAUUGCAAGGAACAAAAGAGCGCAGGCAGAAAUAUUUAUUAACUCAAUUCCAGAAGAAAAAGCUCGUGAAGAGAUGAUGAAUAAGUAUAAAGAAAAAGCUUAUAAUGUUUCUGAAUUGGGCAGUUCAAAUAUUUGUCCAAAUGUACUCAUUAAAACUGCAUUGUUUUGA